AUGGGGUGCGCCCUGGCGCUCAACGGCAAGAAGCACACGCAGUACCUGGUAUGCCCUGUUUGUCCUAUGGGCAGCGGCAAUUGGGUUUAUUGCAAUCGAGCAGGUAAGCCUGGGUGGAUCAACUGCAAGUCGUGUGCAUACGAGUGGAAGGCACCCAGCGCUGCACCACGCGCCGAACAAGCAGAAGACGGAGGAGCCUCGGAUGCUGCCAAGGCAAUGGUGGAGCUCCUCAGGAAGCAGUACGUCCAGGCGCAGCAGCAGAAUGACCAAGUCAAGAUGGACGAGAUCCUGGCGGCGUGCCCAGAGGCCAAGCCGACGGACCCCGUCGAGCCCGCUGAGCCCUCCAUGGGGCAGAAGCUCCAGCAGGCGGUGGCGGAGCUCAACAAACUGCAGAAGCAACAGGACAAGCUCGCCAAGCAGCUCAAGCGGGCCACCGAGUACCUCGACGACGUGCUCAACAGGGUCAGCACCAACGAUGACCUGGCCAUGCUGGACGAGAAGCAGCAGCAGGAGUACGAGCAGAUCCAGAAAGAGUACCAGCAGGCUAAGACGUUCAUCAACGCAAAGAAAGAAGCUGUCCAGAAUGCGAAGACGGCGCUCGACGCGGCCAAACAGAUCCACGAGAAGGCUAAUAGAAGACGUCGCGGAGGCCAGGGCGAAGCUCGUACCGACCAGGCACCAGCGGCAGCACCAGUCCCUGAACCUGUCCUACCAGAGCAGCCAGCUGGAGCAGGAAAGCCUAUGGAUCCUGAACUCAGGUUGGCAGCCAAGUAUGACCUCUCCAAGGAUGACCAGGUCCAGGCCUACCUCGCGGAGCUGGCCAAGAUCAAGGGCAGGACCAAGGAGACGGAGUUGGAGGGUAGCCUGAACUCCACGCAGUGCUACUACGCGGCACUAGCAGAGCCAGCUGCGAAGGGGGGUGAGCCACAAGGGGUGGGCCACGAGCCGAGGCGCGGCAAAUCCCCACUCGCAGCAGGCCUUCAUCGAGGACCAAGCAUCAACUCCAUGCCAGCGUACGUUAAGACGGUUUGGAUCGACGACGAGGUUGACUACAUCACCGAGAGUGCUUUUACUCGCAGUGGUGAUGCUAUGGCGACCGCGUCGUCUCCUUUUUCUACUUGCGGGAGCUCUACGUGCGCUACGAUGGCGUCGGACCCAGAUCGUGCAGGGGCGCGGGGUUCUGGAUCAACGCUCCCAGUCAUCAACGGCACCAAGCAGAGCGAACUGAACGACGAAUUCAGGGACGUUGUCAAAGUUUUCGUGACCAACUGCACGCAGUACAAUGAGGCCGCCAAGAAGUUCGUAGAGGACGAGAAGAGCGAGGAGCAUGACAUGAUCGCAUUUAAUGAGCACCACUUGCGAGACGCGCAGGGCCACAGCAUCUUCGCGAAGGACUUCCACGACAUCACCAUCGUCAAGUGGCAGCUCAAAGGACAGGAGAUAGCAGUUAUCACGGCAUACCUCACGGCGUCGGUUGGAUUUACGGGCGAGAAUAUUCGCAAGAUGAAGCACCUCUUGCAGCUUACGCGCAGCAUGGGCAACACACCCUGGAUCAUCUGCGGCGACUUCAACAACACACCCCAGGAGUUUGAGGCGACGCCAUGGCUAAGGCUACUUGGAGCAGCGAUUGUGGUGCCACAGCACGUUAGUCAUACGUGCAGCAGUGGGUCGGGCAGGACGAUAGACUACGCGUUGGUCCCUCCCGUCUUUCGCCCGCUCCUGAAGGCAGUGCGAGCACAGCAUGACGCCCCAUGGUCACCGCACAUAGGUAUUGUCAUAGAGAUCGUUGCCAAGCCGAACAUGAUCACCAUCCGUAGGCCCAUGCUCCCAGCUAAGUAUCCCACCCCUACCACGCAGGUGCGGCGAGAGAAGGGCAUUAAGAGAAAGCAAAGGGACAGACAGCAGCACCAAGAAAUUGCCAAGCAUUUCGACUCAGAACUCCUGGACGACACGCUCCUGGACGCGUACUACACCGAGACCGUGGCUACGAAGUGCGACCCGACCAUCUGGGGCGAGUGCCGCGAGGAGGAGGCACCUUGCCAAAUCCGAGGCCCCCCCAGGUGGGUUCAAGACUCGCCGGCAUACAAGCAGAACCCGAGGAUGAGCGACUUGCUCGGCACAUCACACGGCAAGUGGGCGAAUGCAGCGGAGAGGGCGCUUGCUACGGUCACGCAGAAUCCGAUCAAGGCUACGGCGAGGCGCCCGAUCGAUAGCCAGAAGCACCUGGAGACGAUCAGCAGUACCAUCAGGGCCAUGAUCUACAUUAUCUUGGACAUCACGCACAAUGCGUCGCCGCUUGCCAUCACGAGGGAGUUUGUAGACGACUUGCACACGAGAGUCGAAGGUCAAGCCGAACAGUUCCAGGAGCAGUUCCCAGUGGCGGUCGAUGUGUUUGCGCAGGCUUGCCUGGACUCAAAGCUGGUGGUUUCAGGAAAGCCAGCGCUCCUCACGAACUGCGACGUGACCAAGAAGUGCAUCGUGGAGCACCCCAGAGGCAAGGGCAUCAGCAUUAAGACUCCCAAGUUCGUCAAGGACCUGGGCAUAGAUGAGGCACUGGGAAGGCAGCGCAUCACAGCCACGCGAACUACCAGGACUAAGCAGGCAAAGCUACGCGCAAAGCGUGCCAGGAUCUUCAGCAAGCAGAAAGGCAAAUGGCGGCGAAGGGCGGCGAUACUCUUCAAUUCCAAUCUGAGAGCCAAGCAGAGCAACGGUUGGCCAGUUACAGGGCCCAGUCCAGCUGCAGCGCGUGAAGCGCGAGCUCAGGCGGCAGAGAUGGUUGGAUUUACAACUGGCGGCAGAUGCACAUCAACAGCCCACAUCAUCUUCUACGGCGAGAAAGAGCCAGCUACAGCAUACCUACAGCGACAAGUACGUGAAUGGGUACAGAUGUGGCAAAAGGAUACCUCAGCACAUCAACGACGACGGCAAGGCUGGCAAGCUAAUAUCGAACGUCUGGCCCAGAUGCGAACCCGUGGAAAUCGGAACUCGGUGACUGGACCAAUUGGGGCACGUAUUCUCUCAUUGCAGCAGCUGGGGUGGAAUCCACGCAUGCCAGAUGAGUGGGAUGAUGCUAGCGGCGAGACGUGGAGGUUCCAGAGCGAGGGAGUGCUCGACUUUUGCGACACCAUGAAGUCCAUCACCAGGGACAUGCAAGCUCAGCUCUGGACCAAAGCAGCGGACCACUACUACGGUAAGUGCAUGCAACACGGGAUGGACACCACCAUACCCAAGAAGACGCUCCAGAAGCUACGAAAAGCCAACCGAGUUCAAGAAGCAGGCGCGUUAGAGGCACUUGCUUGCGGCACGAUAUGGACAGGACAACGAUGUAAAGCAGCAGGACACCAGACAGAUGGAGUUUGUCCGCGUUGUGCUAAGGCGCCUGACACGCUGAAGCACAGGAUCUACGAGUGCGACAUGAACGACAACCUCUCGAUUGACGCGGUGGUCAAAUCACAGUCGCUCUGCCAGAAAGCCUUAGAGGAGAUGCACGACAACCCAGAGACGGAGGCGUACUGGCUACGAGGGCUACUUCCCAAGCACAGGAAUCUUGUACCUGAUCCACCAGCAUGGGGCGAUUGGAAUGGCAGUUAUUGGACGGCAGCAACAAGAGGACCCAAAUUAAUAGCAAGCGAUUUGGUCACGAUGGGUCCCGUUCAGCGCAGCAUGGCUUUCGUAGAUGGAUCAGGCACCAGCAACGACAUGCGCAUCAAUCGAGUUGGAUGGGGCCUCACAUUGCAGCUACGAGAUGAACGAUGGAAGCGGCCAGGACAGGCGCACAUGUGGUGCCCCAACGCCCUCGUGGCACAAGGGAACCCUUCUGGGGUGUGCCAGGAAGCAGAGGUUAUUGCACCAACGGAUACAGAAGCGGAGGAGCAGAGAAAGGGCAUCAUGCACGACCUUGGCGCAUGGGCAGCUACAUGGACGGUACACAUCGACCUAGACGAGACCAGGAACCAAGCUAAUUGGAAGAUGUGGUGCGAACCGUACAUGGAAAGCUACCUGCGACAACCAGAACAAGCAGCACUACGACAAUUACUCAAAGCAAGAUACCAGACCCGAAGCACUAGCCAGAUCGCGAAGGACCUUUGUGAUAUACAAUGGGGAUCGUCCAAGAAGAAGCGGAAAGACGUGCACGACUACUCCCUCACCCUUACGGGCUGGGAAAGAGAAGCAUACAUCUCCCACCGGUUCGACAGCGUAGCGGACAUCAAGGCCAAGUUCCGCGAACUACUGCAAGACCGAGCACCCACUUUCGACCAGGAGAUGCCUGAACAUUAUGAAGACAAUGGUGAGGACCGACCAGCAGCCAUGCAUGUGGCGGCCCACGAGAUCUACAAGGCCAGCUUGCCGAACGGCAGCGCGGGCUUCAUCGACGGCACAGACCACAUCGGGUUCUAUGGCACCGUAGAUGGAGAACAAAGUGCACCCGCAGCUGAACAUGCAGGACUAUUCUGGGCUUUGGCGCUGACGCGAGGCCCGCUAUUGAUCAUCACGGACUGCCAGCUGGUUAUGAAUGGUUGGGCCCUCAAGUAUUACGAGCAGCCCCAAGGAGCUCAGCGACCAUGGUGGGAAAUAAUAAGAUUCAUGCUCAGCAAGCGGUCUGGCGGUGUUUAUGGAGCACGUGUCCAGAAGUGCUUAUCCCACCUCGACGGCGACUCGGUUAAGCAGGCUGGCCAAGAGUUCCACAUCAGCAUGGGCAAUGAGAUGGCGGAUACGUUGGCGCAGCGAGGAGCAGAAGAGGCAAUGGCAGAAAUACGGCAGGAGGUCAAGGCACUGGUGGAAGUGGAGACUACAUUUAUGAGGGCCCAAAGGCGGGCGGCAGCGAUCACCCACGAGGUGCGCAAGGAUGCGGACCCCACCAAGCUUGAGAGGCCCAAGCAGAUGCUCAAGAAAAUAGCAAAGGAAAGGAGAGAUCAGAUCGAGAAGGAGUCGGGCCACAUAAUGCGAAAGAAGAAAGGGCAAUGGGCAUGCCAAGAGUGCUGGCUAACCCCAGGCAAGUACAGCGUGGCCGACUGGAUGAAGGCUAACGUGUGCAUCGGGAGGCAGUACGAGACACACCGAGCAGAUCACGGACAUGCAGUCCGUGUUCCCAACAAUGAGCUGAUCGAGAUCAAAGACAAAGUGAUCCACGACAGCCACAGCAUUGCAGUUGCCCAUGGGCAGUUCUGGUGCUGGAAUUGUGCUGCGGUGGCUUCGCACAACGACUACGGACACGGCAGAGUGAACCUACUGGCGACGGAGUGCAGGCUGGCCAGAAUUGGCCAGAUGGGACGAUGCCGCCUAACGGCGGACGGCUACCACGAGUUGCAGCUGGGCGACGACCUCGCGGUUGACUUCACGGCACGGGGCUACGGCCCCGCAGAGAUACUCUGGCCUGGAGUGCCAGUGGGGUGGACGCCCGCCCUGCUCAGGGG